GGCAGAGGGAGCGGGGCUGGGACCCGGGAUCGGAGCGAGCCGUGCCGGGAGCGGGCCGAGCCGAGUCCAGCCCAGCAAACCGCCGAGUGGGAGUCCGAGGAAGCGGCCCGGAACCGCCAUGGCCUCGCAGAACGCCGACCCCGCCGCCGUGCCCAGCGCCGCCGCCCGCAAAGGGGCUGAGGCGGGGGCUACGGCCGCCCGCGGCUCUGUGGGGAAGAGGCUGCAGCAGGAGCUGGUGGCGCUGAUGAUGUCCGGCGACAAAGGCAUCUCCGCCUUCCCCGAGUCCGAUAACCUCUUCCGCUGGAUCGGCACCAUCGACGGCGCGGCGGGCACGGCCUACGAGGAGCUGCGCUAUAAACUGUCCCUGGAGUUCCCCAGCGGAUAUCCCUACACCGCGCCCACGGUGCGCUUCCUCACACCCUGCUACCACCCCAACGUGGACGCUCAGGGCAACAUCUGCCUCGACAUCCUAAAGGAGAAGUGGUCGGCGCUUUAUGACGUGCGCACCAUCCUGCUGUCCAUCCAGAGCCUGCUGGCAGAGCCCAACAUUGACAGCCCACUGAACACACACGCUGCUGAGCUGUGGAAGAACCAGGCUGCCUACAAGAAGUACCUGCGGGAGAUGUACAGCAAGCAGGCUAAGAGCCAGGAGACCUGACACCCACCACACCACCCCUUUGCCCCUGUCUGCUGCGCCUUUCUGUAUUAUAGGCUGUUUUUAACUUAAUUCUGGAGUGUGAGCUACGGUUAAUGUAUAAAUAAAUGCACGUCUGUAUGUUCUUC